AUGAAUGAGUCUGGUCAGAAUAACGAAGAACCGAGCGAUAGGGAGGCACAGGAGCCGGAGGAGAAGCACCUGAAGGGCUUCCGAAUGUAUUGCGUAUCCCUGGCUCUAUUGACGUCUAUUUUUCUCACCACCCUAGACGCUUCUAUCAUCUCAACGGCAGUACCGCAAAUUUCUAGUCGCUUCCACUCGACACUGGACAUUGGGUGGUAUAGCUCGGUUUACAUGAUUGCUAUAUGUGCUAUCCUGCCGAUGGCGGGGAAGUUCUACGCGCAUUUCAACCCGAAGUGUACCUUUCUUGGAUUCCUCUUUUUGUUUGAAUUGGGCUCUCUGCUUUCUGCUGUGGCAGUGUCCUCGAGGAUGUUGAUUGUGGGCCGAGCGGUCGCUGGACUUGGGAGCGCAGGGAUUUACAACGGAGCUUUGACCAUCAUGGGGAAGGGAAUGAAGCCAUCCGCUCGGGCUUGGCAGAUCGGUUUGGGAACAUCGAUGGCUACGAUCGGAUCGGUAUUUGGGCCAUUGAUCGGGGGUGGCUUGACCUCGCGGGUGUCAUGGAGGUGGUGUUUCUAUAUCAAUCUCCCGCCGGGUGGUUUGACAGCCCUAAUUCUCGUGGUAAUGAAGAUCCCAACUAGCAACGAUGAGCCAGAGCUUCCGAAAGGGCUGCGGAAAUCGCUCGCUCUCUUUGAUCCUGUCGGGUUUCUUUUAUUCUGCCCAUCAUGCAUCUUGUUUCUCCUUGCUAUCCAAUGGGGUGGGGUGAAAUAUCCAUGGAAUUCCGCUCGUGUGAUUGGCCCUCUAUGUGGAUCUGCAGUAGGAUUUAUUCUCUUUGUGGUACAGGAGGCGCGUCACGGUGACAAAGCCAUGAUAGCACCCAAGAUGGCUCGAAAUUCCGUUGUCUUUUUCGGAUUCUGGACAGUCUUGUUUCAAUUCGGAUCACUUAUGGUGAUCACGUAUUAUCUGCCGCUGUGGUUCCAGGUUGUCAAAGGCGCCAGUCCGAUCCGAAGUGGUGUAAUGCUGUUGCCCACCAUCAUCGCUCAGACACUGUUCACAGUGGUUGCAGGCGCUAUUGUAUCCAAGAGUGGGUACUGCGCACCCCCAGCACUAACCGGAUGCGCAUUGACCGUCAUUGGCGCAGGUCUAAUGACAACCUUCGUUCCUUCUACCCGGUCAGGGAAGUGGAUUGGUUAUCAGAUCCUCAUUGGUGCUGGCCGAGGCUUAUCAAUUCAAGUGCCUAUCAUCGCUACACAAGCUGUACUUCCGCGUCAGCUGAUCUCUUCGGGAACUUCCAUUAUUCUAUUCGGGCAGUUCUUCGGAGGUGCAGUUUUUACAGCAUCAGCGCAAACAAUCUUUACAAACCGACUCUAUGAUUCCUUGCUGGAGUACCUCCCAGAUCCCAAGACCGUGAAGGAUGUUGUUCAGGCGGGGGCAAUUCCAUCGAGCUUUGCGCAGCUUGUCCCGGCGACAGACUACGCUGAUGUCAUUCAAGCAUAUAAUCAUGCAUUGACACAGACCUGGUACCUGGGAGUUGGACUCGCCGGAGUGGCAUUCUUCAUCUGCUUCGGAUUAGGAUGGACCCAUAUCGACAACAAAAAACCAAAGGAAACAGCAACAAGCCCAGCAGUCCACCACAACGCGGAAGGGGAAAAGCACAUUUGAGGUAUUAUUUGUGAUGCUACUCUAUGUCAACAUUACUUGACUGAGGUAUCUUCUCCGUUUAAUCUCAGACGCAAAGGCUUCUCGAGUGACGCGACUGCCGUCAGCAUAGGCGUAAUCGAUAGAGCAAUCCCAAUACCAACAGGACAACAUCUGUGCUGCACACUGUUCGAAACCGUUCUAAUGAAAGAUUGUGCUGAGCUAUUUAGUCGGUUUAGAAGGUGGCCGAAAAUGCUCGCCUGCGCCACAUCCCGUAGCUCGGCGGCGGUCAGUGGACUGGUACACGGAACCUCAGGUAGAGAAGCACCAGUGGAAUAGCUUGAUUCCGGGCUAUCCUUAUCGACAAGACCAUCAUGGUAGCUCGGAAUGUUGGUUGAUGAAACCAUGCCCAUGUAUGCAUGGAGGAGAC